AUGAUAUGCUCCACCUCGGUUAUUCGUUCAUGUGACGAGAGGAAGGAGGAGGGAACAGCAAGCCGGACCAGAUACCGCGAGAUCGAGGUCUCGCUUACUGGCCGGACCAAAUACCGUGAGAUCGAAGUCUCGCUUACUGGCAGCACUAGAUACCGGAAGAUCGAGGUCUCGCUUACUGGCAGCACUAGAUACCGGAAGAUCGAGGUCUCGCUUACUGGCAGCACUAGAUACCGGAAGAUCGAGGUCUCGCUUACUGGCAGCACUAGAUACCGGAAGAUCGAGGUCUCGCUUACUGGCAGCACUAGAUACCGGAAGAUCGAGGUCUCGCUUACUGGCAGCACUAGAUACCGGAAGAUCGAGGUCUCGCUUACUGGCAGCACUAGAUACCGCGAGAUCGAGGUCUCGCUUACUGGCAGCACUAGAUACCGCGAGAUCGAGGUCUCGCUUACUGGCAGCACUAGAUACCGCGAGAUCGAGGUCUCGCUUACUGGCCGGACCAAAUACCCCGAGAUCGAAGUCUCGCUUACUGGCAGCACUAGAUACCGGAAGAUCGAGGUCUCGCUUACUGGCAGCACUAGAUACCGGAAGAUCGAGGUCUCGCUUACUGGCAGCACUAGAUACCGGAAGAUCGAGGUCUCGCUUACUGGCAGCACUAGAUACCGCGAGAUCGAGGUCUCGCUUACUGGCAGCACUAGAUACCGCGAGAUCGAGGUCUCGCUUACUAGCAGCACCAGAUACCGCGAGAUCGAGGUCUCGCUUACUGGCCGGACCAGAUACCGCGAGAUCGAGGUCUCGCUUACUGGCCGGACCAGAUACCGCGAGAUCGAGGUCUCGCUUACUGGCAGCACCAGAUACCGCGAGAUCGAAGUCUCGCUUACUGGCAGCACUAGAUACCGCGAGAUCGAAGUCUCGCUUACUGGCAGCACCAGAUACCGCGAGAUCGAGGUCUCGCUUACUAGCAGCACCAGAUACCGCGAGAUCGAAGUCUCGCUUACUAGCAGCACCAGAUACCGCGAGAUCGAGGUCUCACGUCCUACUGGCCGCACCAGAUACCGCGAGAUCGAGGUCUCACGUCCUACUGGCCGCACCAGACCGCGGUCCAGCUUCCCAGAAGACGAACGUGAGCUACGCUGA